AUGCCUGCUGAAAGGCGUUCCCUGAGGUCCAACAAGUCGGACACCUCAGCUAACGGAGAAAAACAUCGCUCAAACUCUACUUCCCAGAAUUCCAAAGAUAAGCCGGCUCCUCCUUCUACCAGAUCAUCUGUCCGGGGGAAGACAGCUGCUGCCUCUGGCAAGAAGACGUCCUCCUCCAAUACCGCUAGCUCAACAUCAACACCAACCUCGACUUCAGUAUCCACAUCUGCUGCAAAGAAGAUGGUUGCUGAAAACGAUCAGACUGCUCCUCACACCAACGGCGGCUCAGACCCCGUCGAGAAUGGCGUCAACAAUGUCAACGGGACGGAGGAUGUGGAAAUGGCAGAAGACGACGCCGAUAUCAAUGGAUCUGCCACCCAGAAGAAUCAGCGUGAAGGAGGAGGUGAGUCUGAUGACGGGAUGACCGUGGUGGUGCCACCAUCCAAGGGCUCCAGAUUAUCAGGAGAACCCGAACAACAUCAGCACGAUAUCACCAUGAAUGAGGCAGAGGAUGGUGACGAGGCUGAGGUUGAGGUGCAAGUUGAUCCCAGGGAGAAAGCUUUAUCAGAUAUCAAAAGCAAUUUCACACUGCUCGAACGUGCUGUUGUCCAUUUUGAUCCCCGAUUUACAUUGCGAGCCUUGCGGUCGAUAUCAUCGGUACGGAAACAGCUGUCUGCUUACCUUCUUGCCCAGGUCAUCGUAGAAACAUAUCAGCCCUCGGAUUCAACGGCAUCAUUCCUAUUAGCUUCCAUUGGCAGGAAAUCGGCUUUCGCCGAUGCUGCCGCUGAUUUGCCAAUGGAUAUCGAUGGUGAAUCAAGGUAUCCUGGAAAGGGAUCCGCUACGCGCGAUGUUCUUCCCGAGGUCGAUAUCUAUCUGGCUAUCCUCAUCCAGAUCUAUCUAUAUGACAAGAAGGACAUUGAACAGGGUGCAAACUUCUCCAGUAGCCUUGUGGAGCUAGUGCGAUCACACAAUAGAAGAACCUUGGAUUCUUUGGCUGCUCGUGUUUAUUUCUACUACUCGCUCUUUUACGAGCAGCUUGCUCCGCUUCCCCCGUCUCCAGCCGCAGCCGUUAUUUCCAUCCGCCAGCCACUACUUCAGGCAUUGCGAACUUCCGUUCUUCGAAAGGACCAGGACAUCCAGGCAACCAUCACCACCCUCCUCCUGCGCAAUUACCUGUCAACGUCGCACAUCUCCCAAGCAGACCUCUUCGUCUCUCGUUCAGAAUUCCCGCCGGGAGCACCCAACAACCAGAUCGCUCGGUAUCUUUACUAUCUUGGUCGGAUCCGUGCCAUCCAACUGCAGUACACUGAGGCUCACGAGCAUUUAAUCGGUGCCACUCGCAAGUCUCCCUCGAGCCAUACCGCAGGCGGUUUCUACCAGGCAUCCACUAAGCUCCUCGUUGUCGUCGAGUUGUUGAUGGGUGAUAUCCCUGACCGCGCAAUCUUCCGCCAAGCAACCCUUGAGCGGGCUAUGCAUCCUUACUUCCUGCUCGUGCAGGCCGUCAGCAUCGGCGACCUAGAUGGAUUCAUCGGCAUUGUCCAGAAACACAGCUCAACCUUCCGACGCGACGGCACGUACACACUUAUCCUACGUCUUCGACAGAAUGUCAUCAAGACAGGUAUUCGUAUGAUGUCUCUGGCUUAUACGCGGAUUUCCCUUCGGGAUAUCUGUCUCCGUCUAGGAUUGGAUAGUGAAGAGUCAGCAGAGUAUAUCGUCGCGAAGGCCAUCCGGGACGGUGUAAUCGAAGCUUCACUGGAUCAUGAGCACGGGUAUAUGAAGAGCAAGGAGGUGGGAGAUGUGUAUGCGACUGGGGAGCCCGGUGAGGUCUUCCAUGAGCGCAUCCGGUUCUGUUUGGAUCUUCAUGACGAGAGUGUCAAGGCCAUGAGAUUCCCCAUGAACCAACAUAGGCUCGAGCUGAAAAAUGCACAGGAGGCGCGUGAACGGGAGAGAGAACUAGCCAAGGAGAUCGUCGAGGGGGACUUGGAUGAUGACGAUGCGGGCGGAGACUUUGACACGAUCUAGCUACUUCUUCCUUGCCGCUUUUUCCUAUUCUUGUGUUUCUUUAUGUUUUUUUUUCUUUUUUUUAGAACGGAGAGAAAGUCGGCUUGGUUGAUUGAUUGCUCGAUCUGUUGACUUAUGGAUGGAUGGAUGGAUGGAUGGACUGAAUGGUGGGAUUUUGGUAUUGGUACUAUAUUUUAAUUGAGGAGCGAUAAAGAAACAGAAGCAUUUUUCUAGUGCUGAAAUCUUUGCAAUUCUCAAUUCCUACUCCUUGGGAAUACUGUUAUUUCGUUUUUUUUUUUUCCUUUUUUCAUUUUUGUUAUUUGUCUUACUUCAACAUUUUGAUAUUAUUUACUAUUUUGCCGGGCCCGGGAAAGCCGGCGUGAACUCUC